AUGGGAGCCGUCAAACGUGUUGCCGUCAUUGGUGCUGGCCCGGCGGGGGCAAUUACCGUCGAUGCUCUCGCACAAGAGCAAGCCUUUGAUGUAAUCCGUGUGUUUGAGCGGCGAGAGGGACCUGGAGGAUGUUGGAUCGGCGACACGGAGAGACCUCGCACCGUCACCAAUCUCUCUGAACUUGCAUCUCGAACAGCUGACAAGCCACUUGCCAUUCCCCAGAAGCUCCCCGCCCAAACGCCCAAGGUCAACCAGCCACGCUUCGAUGAGUCGUCAAUCUACCCAUACCUCCACACCAACAUUGACAGCAUCCCUAUGGAGUUCUCUCAGGAGAAGAUCCCUACUGAGCGCAGUGAACUCUCGAUCGCCACCCACGGACCCGAUACUCCUUUCCGGCAUUGGGAGGUGAUUCGCCGAUACAUCGCGGGGCUUGUAGAGAGGAGGGGAUACGAGGACUUCAUUUCCUAUAAUACCAGUGUGGAGCUGGCUGAAAAGGUGGGCUCCGAGUGGAAGCUCACGCUACGGAAAGAGGGCAAGGAGAAGGAUUAUUGGUGGGUCGAAUAUUUCGACGCUGUUAUUGUUGCGAGCGGGCACUAUAAUGUUCCAUACAUUCCUGCUGUUAAGGGACUGGAGGAGUUUGAAAAGGCUCGUCCCGGCAGUGUGUUGCAUAGCAAGCAUUAUCGGGGGAGGGAUCAAUUCCGCGGAAAACGCGUCGUCGUUGUCGGCGCUUCCGUCUCCGCUGCCGAUAUUGCGUUUGAUCUCGUGGGCACCGCACAGCAUCCUAUCGACGCCGUAAUCAUUGGACAUGCCCCGAAUGGAUACUUUGGGGACCUAGCUUUCAAGCACCCAGAUAUCCGUACGCGACCGUCCCUCUGCCAUAUCGAGGGCAGGACUGUGCAUUUUGUGGACGGUCAAUCAGUGGCAGAUGUGGACCACAUCAUCUUCGGCACAGGCUACAGCUGGACUCUCCCCUUCCUCCCCAGCGUCGAGGUCCGCAACAACCGCGUCCCCGGAUUAUACCAGCAUGUGGUCUACCGAAAAGAUCCCACACUCCUCUUUGUCGGCGCCACCGCUGCCGGCCUCACAUUCAAAGUAUUCGAGUGGCAGGCCGUCCUUGCAGCGCGCCUUCUCGCGGACCGGACCAAACUCCCACCUCAGGCCGAGCAGCGAAAAUGGGAGGAAGAUCGAGUCAAGCUGACAGGCGAUAAUGUCAAGUUCACCCUCAUCUUCCCCGAUUUCGAAGAUUACUUUGAGACCCUCCGGAAGCUGGCUGGUCCUGGAGAAAAGGGCUUCGGCCGACAGCUACCGCCUUUUAAGAGAGAAUGGGUCAGGGCCUUCUUCGAGGGACAUGAGCGGAGAAAGGCGAUGUGGGCAAGGGAGAACGAAAAGGCGAGGGCCAAUCGGGCGAAGUUGUAA